ACUUGGCACUCAGCAACAUGCCAGGACUGAACUGCUCUCUUGCAGCUCUUAAUGCUACAGUUUUCAGUGACGUAGGCUGCCCUGAGGUUGCUGCGGCAUGUGGGAUGAAUAUCUCUUGGGUGUUGGCCAACGCUACUGCAGAAGAUCUGGAUGACAUGUGCUUGAGAGUGGAAGACUACCUGGCCAAGUACCUGGGUCCUCAGAGGUCACCAGUGUUCCUUCCUGUCUGUGUCACCUACCUCAUUAUCUUCUUGAUGGGCGUACUGGGCAAUUCCCUGACCUGUGCAGUCAUAUUACGCUACAGGGUGAUGCAGACACCCACCAACUACUAUCUGCUGAGCUUGGCGGUCUCUGACCUGCUGGUGCUACUUUUGGGCAUGCCAUUAGAGAUCUAUGACUUGUGGCAGAACUAUCCCUUCCUGCUCGGGGAGGGAGGCUGCUACUUCAAAACCUUCCUGUUUGAGACCGUCUGCUUCGCCUCCAUCCUCAACGUCACAGCGCUCAGUGUGGAGCGCUACGUGGCCGUGGUGCACCCCCUCAAAGUCAAACACAUGACCACACGUGCUCACGUCAAGAGAGUCAUCCUCAUGCUGUGGGUACUGUCCAUGCUGUGUGCUGUGCCAAACACCAGUCUUCAUGGUAUUGCAGUGCUAUCGAGGUUUGGACGACGGUUUCCCCAAUCUGCUAUUUGCGAUGUGGUCAAACCCACCUGGAUGUACACCCUGAUCAUCCUGAUUUCCACAUUGGUUUUCUUCCUGCUGCCCAUGCUGAUAAUUAGCAUUCUCUACCUGCUCAUUGGCUUGCGGCUACACAGAGAGAGGUUGGUGAGCAUGGUGGACACCAGGUGUAGUUUUGGACCAGAAAGUCUGUCCAAGUCCCACAAACAGAAGCUGAGCAAACGCAACCUGCAAGUCACCAAAAUGCUGUGUGUGCUGGUGGUUGUGUUCGGCCUUUGCUGGGCUCCUUUCCACGUGGACCGCUUGAUGUGGAGCUACAUUGACCCCUCAUCCGAGAUGCACCGCAUGAUCUAUGAGCAGGUCCACAUUAUCUCUGGAGUCUGCUUCUACCUGAGCUCUACCGUCAACCCCAUCCUCUACAACCUCAUGUCCACUAGGUUCAGAGAAAUGUUCAGUCAUGUCACCUGUUAUUCUAACAGCUGGUCAACACGCUCCAGCUUACAGAUGUCACAACGCAGCACAGUGUCUGAGAAAACACCCAGUAGUAAGAAAUGGACUUAAGUUCCUCAGAGCCAGUCUGGGUGAAAGGAAGUCCAAGAACAUUAUACUCAGAGAGGUAUGACAAAUCAGAGGAAACAUUGAAUAAUUAGUGGAGAAAUGCAACCAAUACUAGGAAGGAGGGGUCAAUGGAUGAUCUG